AUGAAUUUCGCAGCACAGAUCUUUGCUAACUUUGUGAGCGACGGUUUGCAGACACAGGAGACACGGAUAAGCUUUAAUGACAACGAGGAAUAUGAUCCCUUCUGGCAGAGGUGGGAAACCGUAGCGUGUACAUCUGAAACCCUUAGAGAGUCGUCCCAGUGUCCUCCUGAGAGACGUGAUGUGAAUGGUGUGGAGUUUCACCAGCAUGUAGCGGUUCCUCUGUGUUCUCCUUCCCAUCCCGUGGUUCCUCCAUCCACUGAUUCACACUCACCUUCCCGUAAAACCCUAGAGACGCCCAAACCUGGACCAGAACUCACACGGAGACACCAGGCUUCAUCCCCAUCACACAUGGACAAACCCUCAGAAGAUCCCUCUCCUAGAAAACCUAGCAGGUCUCAAGCUGGAGCUGCAACGAGGGUUGAUGCUCCUCAACCCGCUUCUAAAGCUCCCGGUCCUUCUCCUGUAGAACCAGCAGAACCGUCCUCAUCCGUAGCUCUCCCUCCGUUCCCGCAGCUCACAGAGAACGCCACUCUCCUGUCGCUCCUCCAAGCUUUAGUCUACAUCCUCCUCAGACUCUUCCUCACCUUCAUCCUCCUCUUCCUGCCACGUGCGGAGCAGCGCCGAGGAUCCUCUAAACCCGACUGCUCCUUCCACAGCGGCCCGUGUGUUAAAGACGGCCACAUCGGGAACGGACGCCCGGGCCGCCGCUCCACACUCAUCUGCCCGGAACGCCUGAAGGACUUCGGAGCCGAGGAGUACCUCAAUGGAGACGUGAAGGUGUUCGAGAGCAGUGUUUCAGAACCGCCGGAGGUCCAGUUAAUGUCCACACCUAAACCAGCCGUGAAGAAGAGCAGCGAGAACAAGACUACAGCUAAACAUCCUCCUGAACAUCUGCGCUUCCAGGACAUCAGCGCCGCUGCCUUCAGACUACAGCAGGCUGGGAUUCAGAAAACACCCUGCACGUACUCCAGACUGUCCAAACACUACGGCAUGGAGAUCUUCCUGAAGAAGGAGCUCCUGCACUACACAGGUUCAGUGAAGGAGAGAGGAGCGCUGUACCUGCUGUCCUCCCUCACACAGGAUCAGCAGAGGAAGGGUGUGAUCGUGGCCACUGACUCCAGCUUCUCGAGGGCCGUGGCGUUUCACGCGGUGGAGCUGAGGAUCCCGGUGUUCGUCAUCAUGCCGGCGUACAGCUCUCCUCCUCGUCUGCGCACGUACAGAGACUACGGUGCGAUGGUUAUUUCCUUCGGCAGCACGGCACGAGACUCCAUCAACCACGCCAGACACCUGGCCAAAGAGAACGGAUACCUGUGUCUGGAGGAGGACGACAGCGCUGUGUAUCUGGCAGGUCUGGGAUCAGUGGGUCUGGAGAUCUACGAGCAGGUGCCCAAGCUGGACGCGGUCAUCGUUCCUGCAGGUGGACACUGUGGGCUCCUGGUGGGGACCGCAGCUGCCAUCAAACACCUGAACCCUCGCAUCUCUGUCAUAGGUGUAGAACCGGAGGAGUUUCCUCUUCUGCUGCAGUCGCUCAAAACAGACGCUCCCAUUAAAGACCUCUCCUGCAACCCCAACGAGAAACUCUACAGAGAUCUGCUGGAUCACUCUCUGGGCACACACUGCUUCCAGCUGGCCAAGAAAACCGUGGACAAAGUCAUCUCUGUCAGGGAGGCGGACGCUCUGGUGGCCAUGCUGCGCUUCCAGGAGUACGAGCGCUCGACCGUGGACACAGAAGGAGCUCUGGGUUUGGCCGCAAUCUUAGCUGGACAUCUGCCAGAGCUGAAAGGCAAAAGGGUGGCUGUGGUGGUCAGCAGUGCUAACAUGGAGCUGGACCUGCUUCUGCAGUGUGUGGAGCGAGCUCUGGUUCUGGACGACAGAGUCAGUCGCUUCACCGUGCAGCUGACCGACCGGCCCGGAGACAUGGCCAAACUCCUGGACCUGCUGGCCCGAGAGGACGUCAGGUUGCUGGAUGUUUGUCACAGACGCUACAGUGAUAAAGCCGAGCUCUUCAAAACACAGGUGGAGUGUGUCGUACAAGUGAGGGAUAAAAGUCAGAACUCACAGCUGCGCCGGACGCUCUCAGACCGAUACCCUUCACUGCACUGGCUGGAGCGGUGAUCACACACACACACACACACACACACACACACACACACACACACACACACACACACACACACACACACACACACACACACACACACACUCACUCACACACACUCACACACACACACACACACACUAAAUGACUUAAGACAUAAAGUCUUUCUUUCUGAAAACUUAAACAAAAUUAAGUGAUUUCAUGCAAACAAACAAAAAUAUCUGUAGGUCAGAACAAUAAACUUGUUUUCCUUUUGAACGGAGUUUCUUUUUCUUUCCACAUUGGCAGAUCCUUCAUGUCUUAAGUCAUUUUCUAUAUUGAUUUCAGAGUGUUAAGAUAUUUCUGUUGUUUGAAUAAGCACCCAGACCGAGCGUCUAGAAGACAAGACAACGUGACUGAAAUACUCUCAGUGAUGCACAUGAAGCACUGAAGAUCUAAACCUGUUGAGCCACGACAGUACAUGUCUCUCCAGAUAUAAUUGAUUCAUUAUUAUUGGUCGAUCAAGAAUGUCUGUCUUUAUGGGAGGAGGGCUGUUGUAUAUAACUUUAUUUACUGAACUCAAUGAAUGUGUGAUUGAAUCUAGCUGUUUUGACGUCUGCUGUAUUUGGCUUAUGAAUAUAAAGCUCAUCCUGUAUAUAA